AUGGACUACAACUCCACCACCUCCUCCACCACCUCCGCGACUUUCGCCCCCACGUCACUGCACGACCUCAUCUACGUCGACAUCGCCUUCCGCGAGCCGCGCGCCCUCAUGGCGUGCGCCUUCACCCUCGUCCUUCUCGCCUACGCCCUCGCCUUGGCGGGCAACUCGCUGCUCUGCGUCGUCGUUCUCCUCGAUCCCCGCCUCCACCAGCCCCCGUACGCCCUCGUGUGCCUCCUGUCGUUGGUCGGCAUCGCCGAGAGCACCGUCGCCCUGCCGCGCCUCCUCGUCGACCUCGCCAGCCACACCUCCAUCGCCGCGGGCGAAUGCCUCGCGCGCAUGUUCGUCUACCACACGCUCGUGCGCGCCCACGCCUACGUGCUCGUAGCCAUGGCCGUCGACCGCUACCUGGCCGUGUGCCACCCGCUGCGCUACCGGGCUCUCGCCGCGGCCGCGGCGGCCUCGAGAACCGCGUGGGUCGCCGCGGCCGCCGGCGUCUCGGCAGCGGCGCUCCAGAGCGCCGGCUACAUCGCCGUGGUCGCGCGCCUCCGCUUCUGCCGGGCGCGCGUCGUGCCGUCGUCCACGUGCGAUUUCUCGGCCGUGCGCCGGCUCAUGUGCGGCGAGGCGAGCUACGAGGCGCCAGUCGUCUACGCCAACAUCCUCCUGGGCACCGCGCUGCCGCUGGGGGCCGUUGCGGUCUCUUACGCGCUCAUCCUGCGCGAGUGUCGGGGGCCGCGACUCCGCGGGGGUCGACGGAAGGCGCUGAGCACGUGCGUCACGCACCUGCUCCUCGUGCUGGUCUACUUCACCUCGAUCUUCUUCACGUUCGCCACGGGCAUCAGGCUGGGUGCGCCCAUGUCCGGCGAGGGGGUGACCGCCCUCCAGACCAUGCAGUUCAUCCUGCCGCCCGCGCUGAACCCUGUCAUCUACGGACUCAGGACGGCGGAGGUCAGGCAAGGGCUGGCGAGGUUGUUGCCAAGUAAAAUAUGGCCCAGCAAUUAG